AUGUUGUUCCUGACCACUCUAGUACUGCUCACACUCCAGGCGAGUAGCGUGAUAUCUGUGCCUUUAAAACGACGAGUGAUUCCCCUCGCUGACAAAACAUUCGAUUAUGUGGUUGUUGGUGGUGGUACAGCUGGAAGCGUGAUCGCCACGCGACUAGCAAUGAACAACUUCGAUGUUGCCUUGGCCGAAGCCGGGGGACACUAUGAGGUCGAGUCCAUGGCUGAAUUUCCUCCAGCUGAUGUGCUGCCGACGGGAUCAAAUCCUGAUUCCAGCUCACCGGAGGAUUGGGGCUUUGUGACAAGAGAUCAGCCGGGCGCUAAUAGGCGGGCGAUCCAUUUUGCCCGAGGAAAAUGUCUUGGGGGAUCGUCGGCGUUGAAUUAUAUGAUCUAUCAACGUCCCACACGCGAGUCUAUGGAACUAUGGGCAACUGCAGUCAAUGACAGCAGUUACAGAUUCGAUGAAGUGCUCCCAUUUUACAAGAAGAGCGUCCAGUUCACGCCCCCCAACGCCGACUAUAGAGCUCAGAAUUCCUCGGCGGACUACGAUGCUGAUGCCUACGACCCGAAUGGUGGCCCAUUGCAGGUGUCGUAUGCUAACUUCGCCCAGCCUUUCUCAUCAUGGAUGAAGCUCGGUAUGAAAGCCAUCGGAAUCGAUCAGGUAGAGGACUUUAACCUGGGUACUAUAAUGGGAGCUCAGUAUUGUGCAUCGACCAUCAACCCAUCCAACGAGCUUCGAAGCAGCUCCGAGGAAUCUUUCCUAUCCAAGGUCACGCCCGACUCACUGACGACGUAUGAAAAUACCCUUGCCAAGAAGGUGGUUUUCGAUGGAAAGAAAGCAACAGGAGUUCAAGUGAAAGGUCCGCUGGGCAAUACUAUCACCCUUUCGGCAUCGGAAGAGGUUAUCAUCUCUGCCGGUGCCUUUCAUUCCCCCCAGCUCCUCAUGGUGUCCGGAAUUGGUCCCUCUGGCCAAUUAAAAGAGCAUGGAAUUGACAUUAUAGCCGACCGACCAGGGGUCGGUCAGAACAUGUGGGAUCACACGUUCUUUGCUCCUUCGUACCGAGUGCGCGUGACAACAUUCACUGAAUUUGCUACUAACCUGCUAUACGCCGCUGACCAAAUUAUCGAAGGACUAGUCAACAGAAGUGGAUUCUUAACAAGUCCAAUCGCGGAUUUCCUGGCUUGGGAGAAGAUUCCGGAAUUCUUGCGCUCGACUUUCUCUCAGAAAACGCAAAGUAAACUGGCCAAAUUCCCAUCUGACUGGCCUGAAGCAGAGUACGUAUCUGGCGCAGGGUAUAUCGGCAACGCGUCAAACCUCUUGACAAUCCAGCCAAGAGAUGGAUACCAGUAUGCCUCGAUACUCGGUGUUCUGAUUACACCUAUGUCCCGAGGAAAUGUCACUUUGCAGUCCGCAGAUAACUCAGAUCUACCAGUGAUCAAUCCCAAUUGGCUCGAUGAUCAGGCUGACCAGGAAGUUGCCGUUGCCAUGUUCAAGCGAAUACGCCAGGCUUUCCAGAGUAAAGCUAUGCAGCCCGUGGUAAUCGGCGAGGAGUACAAUCCUGGGCCACAGGUCCAGUCGGAUGAUCAGAUCCUCGAAUUCAUCAAGGAUAAUGUGAUGACCAUAUGGCAUCCGAGUUGUACAUGCAAGAUGGGAACUUCCGGUGAUGAUAUGGCUGUAGUUGACUCACAGGCGCGGGUUUAUGGAGUGGACAGACUGCGCGUAGUUGAUGCUAGCGCCUUUCCUUUCCUUCCUCCUGGUCAUCCUCAGUCGACGGUUUAUAUGCUUGCUGAGAAGAUCGCAGAUGAUAUUAUCCGCGAUUCCUAA